AUGACUGUGCCGCAAGAGCGACGAAAAUGGUAUUCCCUGCAAUGGUUUGCAGACCACGACACAAAAGAAGAGCGACGGCUCAUUCUGAAGCUGGACCUUCUGAUUAUUCCCUACGCUUUUCUGGCCUACUGGACCAAGUAUAUCGAUCAGGCCAAUAUCAACAACGCCUAUGUGUCCGGUCUCAAAGAAGACCUUGGCCUUUACGGCAAUGAAUUAGUUCAAUUGCAGAUGAUGUACACCAUCGGUGCGGUGGUGGGGCAGUUGCCUUUCGCAUUUCUAUUUACGAAGCUGCCAAUGCACUGGAUCAUUCCCUUCAUGGAUAUCGCAUGGGGGAUCUUCACUUUGGUGCAGUAUCGUGCAAAUUCGUAUGCCGAGCUUGCUGCUUAUCGCUUCUUGGUUGGCUGGUUCGAAGCUGCUUAUUAUCCCGGAAUGCAUUAUAUCUUCGGAUCAUGGUACCGCAGCGAUGAAAUUGCUCGGCGGGGAGGAUGUUUCUACGUUGGUCUCACGCUGGGCACUCUGACAGCCAGUCUCAUCCAAGCCGGAACCUCGAGCCGUCUAGAUGGUGUGAAUGGACUAGCUGGUUGGAGGUGGAUGUACAUCAUCUGUGCUGUCAUCACUCUUCCUGUUGCAAUCCUUGGAUAUUUCCUUCUGCCUGGAACUCCAGAGAAGGCCAAUAGGCUGAUUCUCAAAGAAAAGGACCUUGACUUAGCCAAGUCUCGCCUUGAGAAAGCCUCACACAGCAUUAAGGAAGAGACGGUUUCCUGGCGUGCGAUUCUCAACGUCGGUCGCAAUUGGAGGCUUUGGGCUCUCCUCUGGCUGAACAUCUUCUUCUGGAAUGGAAGUGUGAAUACAACUACAGGUGGCUACCAACUGUGGCUGAAGAGCUUGAACCGUUUCUCAACUAGUCGACUGAAUGAGCUUGCUGCCGCAUCUCCGGCUCUGGGAAUCUUCUAUACACUCUUCGUGUGCUUCGCCUCAGAUCUUCUAUUGGGACCUGCGUGGGCCAUAACAUUUUCUCAUACGUGGAACAUCAUCGGGCUCAUCAUCCUCGUUGUCUGGAAUGUGCCCGAAUCGGCGCUGUGGUUUGCCUUCUUGACAACUUAUUCGGCCGUUGCAAUGUCGAGUGUCCUGUAUGGCUGGAUAAACAGUCAACUACGUGCCUCGCCUGUCCAACGAGCCGUGGCUCUUGUGUUUGUGAACAUGAUUGCCCAGUCAACUACUGCCUGGACACCACUGCUUGUGUUUAAGACAGUUGAGGGGCCACGCUUCACGAAGGGCUACUCCUUUGUUCUUGGAAAUGCGAUCUGCUUAAUUGCACUUGCGCAUAUUGUGCAACACUUUGUCUCACAGGAAGAAAAACGGGAGCUUGGUAGGGGAAGUAAUUCUGACGUGGAAAGUGCUGAUUACUCGAGCAAUCUUGAAUCUGGGCCUCGCGAAGAUCUGAAAUACACCUGA